CUAAUGUAGCCUGCUUUUCACUCCUUGUUGAACCGCUGAAACCCUCGACUCUAAAGCUGCCCAUCAAGAGCAGAGACCGUCUUUCUCUGCUAUAUUUAUCUAUCUAUCUAUUUUUCUUUCUUCCCUCCAUUCGGAAAUUUCCUUUCAAAUUUCUUCGGUUUGAAGGGGAAUCAAGAUUUCGUGACUGCUGCAUCUAAAAUCUUGAAUUUACUUUAGUGAGCAGUGGGGUGCAGCAGAGACUAACCAUGUUUGGGCGUGCUCCAAAGAAAAGUGAUAAUACCAAAUACUAUGAAGUUCUUGGAGUGUCGAAAAGUGCCAGUCAAGAUGAACUCAAGAAGGCAUACAGAAAGUCUGCCAUAAAGAAUCACCCAGAUAAAGGCGGUGAUCCGGAGAAGUUUAAGGAACUCGGUCAAGCAUAUGAAGUUCUUAGUGACCCGGAGAAAAGAGAGAUUUAUGAUCAGUAUGGGGAAGACGCUCUUAAGGAGGGAAUGGGAGGAGGUGGUGGUGGUCCUUUCCAUAACCCAUUUGAUAUAUUUGAACAAUUUUUUAGUACUUCAGGUUUUGGAGGUGGUAGCAGUUCGAGAAGGAGGCAACAACAAGGUGAAGAUGUGAUUCACACUAUGAAGGUUUCUUUGGAGGACUUGUACAAUGGGACCACUAAAAAAGUAUCAAUUUCUAGGAAUAUUUUGUGUCCUAGAUGUAAAGGGACAGGAUCAAAAAGUGGGGCAUCCAGUCGUUGUCAUAGUUGUCAAGGUUCAGGUAUAAAAAUUACUACUAGACAAAUUGGGCUUGGUAUGAUUCAGCAGAUGCAGCAUUCAUGUCCAGAAUGUAAAGGCUCAGGGGAGGUAAUCAGUCAAAAGGACAAAUGCCCACAGUGCAAGGCCAGCAAAGUUUCUUUGGAGAAGAAGGUGCUGGAGGUGAAUGUGGAAAAAGGGAUGAAGAAUGGUCAGAAAAUUGUGUUCGAGGGACAAGCAGAUGAGGCGCCCGAUACAGUCACUGGGGACAUUGUUUUCGUGUUGCAACAAAAGGAACACAGUAGAUUCACACGCAAACUCGAUGAUCUCUAUGUUGAACAUAAGCUGAGUUUAACUGAGGCACUAUGCGGUUUCCAGUUUGUCCUGACCCAUCUUGAUGGCAGACAACUGUUGAUCAAAUCUGACCCAGGGGAGAUCAUUAAGCCUGACCAAUACAAGGCAAUCAAUGACGAGGGAAUGCCACACCAUCAAAGAUCAUUCUUGAAGGGCCGAUUAUAUGUGCACUUUAAUGUUGAAUUUCCUACUUCCUUACCCCUUGAGCAAUCCCGAGCUUUGGAGAAGAUCUUACCGUCAAAACCCGGGAAACAAGUAUCAGGAAUGGAGUUGGAUGAGUGUGAGGAGACCACACUACAUGAUGUUAACAUUGAAGAGGAAAUGAGACGCAAGCAGCAACGAAGGUACCAUGAGGCGCAUGAUGAAGAUGAUGAUGAUGAAGAUGAUGCUGGGCCUCGCGUGCAGUGCGCUCAGCAGUAAUGUGAUGCUGCUAUUAUUACAGAUGAUUACUUAAGUUGUUUGCAAUAGAAUUGAACAACCUUUGCCAGCCAUUUGAGAUUGGAAGUUUAUAUUUCAAUCUUUGGUUAAAUGCUGGUGUUGAAAUUUUUGUGGUGUUUAUUUCUUUUUUGGCGUGUAUAGCUUCUACAAACUCACAAUUUAUAGUAUAAGCUUGUAGUUGCUCCAAUAGAAUCUUAUAAAUGUAUUCAUUUGUUUGAUCGGCAAAAUAUUUCUUCCUCUGUUAUUGGCUCA